CGAAUAAUAAUUUGUUUAAAAAAUAUGGAUAAUUCCGCGAAAGAGAAGGAGGCUUUGACUCUCAUGGCUGAGGCUGAUAAAAAGAUGAAAUCCUCACGAGGAUCGCCACGUUAUGUGCCAGGUUCAUCCCGCAAGUAUGAGGAAGCCUGUGACAUGUAUGUGAGGGCAGCAAACAUGUUCAAAAUGGCCAAAAAUUGGAGUGCUGCUGGCAACGCAUUCUCUCAAGCAGCACACCUUCAUCUGCAGAAGGACAACAAACUUGAUGGAGCCAUCAAUUUCCUCAAUUUCCUUGAUGCGGGCAAUGCUUUCAAAAAAGCGGACCCACAAGAGGCCAUCAACUGCCUGAACCAAGCCAUUGAAAUUUACACAAACAUGGGCCGUUUCACCAUUGCAGCCAAACACCACAUAUCUAUUGCUGAGAUCUACGAGAGUGAGCUAUUAGACAUUGAUAAGCUUCUGAAAGUGGCCACCUACGCUGCCCAACUGGAACAGUACCAGAAAGCCAUUGACAUUUAUGAACAGAUUGGAACAUAUGCAAUGGACAGCGUCCUGUUGAAGUAUGGUGCUACAGACCACUUCUUCAAAGCAGCUCUUUGUCACUUCUGUGUGGACAUGCUUAAUGCAAGGCUGUCUGUACAGAGAUAUGAGGAUAUGUUUCCAGCCUUCUCAGACGCUAGAGAAUGCAAACUGGUUAGGAAACUUUUAGAUGCAUAUGAGGAACAGGAUGUUGAUGCAUUCACUGAUGCGGUGAAGGACUUUGACUCCAUCCCAAGAUUGGAUCAGUGGAACACUACUAUGUUACUGAGGAUAAAGAAAGAAAUACAGGAUGACGAGAGCGACCUUCGCUAAUCCGCACCUCUAAUAAUCCAUCAGAACUAAUCAUCAUCUCUCUCACUACUCCUGGAACUUUACCACUAUAUAUCACGUCACAUUCCUGAAUAACUUACCAAUCUUCAAUUUUUCUCUCUGGGUGGUGUCAUCCUUUAAUCACCAGGAAUUGAACGCUUUAAAUUAGUGUUUCAUAACGGUCUAUCCACUUAUCAAUCUGUGUGAUGUGUUGUCAAGCAAUAAGGGUCCUGGCCCAGACCCCAAAGAUGAACUACUGGCUAAAACCUGUGAAGAAUAGCACCAGGUAGAUAAAGAAGGAAGUGUAGCCUACUAGCUACUAGCCCAUCCAAUUGAGGUGGAUAAAACCUGAUAAUAUCUUUGUUGUAGUUUAUUUCUGUUGUGUUGUUUUCUGUCAUAGUAACUCCACCUCACUCUCUUAAGUGCUAAUGGUUUUAGGUCAUUUCUGACCUGGACAUUUCCAGAGGCAACAUUAUAUGCUUCUAGAACAUACAGUAUCUGUCAUAAACUGGUUAGUUAAUUAAAAAGUGUUUCAGUCAUAAAUUGAGGCUUCUACUUUUAAGUAUAUUGGUCAUUGCUCAAUUAUGCUGCUGGAGUGUUACCCAAUAGCAAAGUCUCAUCUGCGAAAUAUGUUUUAGUUGGGCAUUUUAUAUUGGAUUAAGACAUUGUAAGAGAUGGAAGAUAUUUUUCCAACUCUGUUGAAGAGAUUAAUUAUUUCAGUGGGUCUACUAGCAGCCAUUUCCCUUUUAAUCA